GUUUGGGGCGGGGAGCAGCAGCGGGGCUGUGAGAGUGUGUCUGUGUGUGAGCACAAGAAAAAAAAAAAAGAGCCUGAAGGCUAAAAGUUGACCAGACCAAAGAGACAUGACGGGGAUUUAUGCCGAGUGCUGAGCAACAAAGCUGCUGUUUCAACUCUGCUACACCGGACUCGAGAAGGAAAAGAGGAAAGACAAAGUACUGAUAAACAGAAGGCCUAAAGGGCUUGUCUAGACAAGUGGAGAAAUGACUGAGAGGACUACUUUUCCCAAGAGUGAGAGCUUUUUCAAGUCAGACUCUGAGGAAGAAGGUGAAGAAUUGAAAUGAAGGAAAAGCAACCAGGGGAACAAAAUUUUCCUUUUGGUGAGGCUGUGUUUGCACUCAGGAGGAAAUCUGGACUCAUAGCCGGCGUGACAGACAGCAGAUAACACGUGAAGGAAAACGAAACAGAGGGCAAGUGAGCAGGAGGGGAGAGGUAUGAGGGGACACCUCUUGAAGCCACUCCUCUCUUUGAUGUUUGUGGGGAGCCUGCUGACCAUGCUGAUCUGGUACACGCUGGACAACAAUAAUGUGGACCCUAACCCACAGCAAGCGAAAACAGAGCCUCAGUCCUCUGCUUCGUGUAAAGACUGCAGGGAGGAUAUAAAGAAAGCUUUAGAGCUUUACUCUCAAACCUGGAAGAAACAAGAGGACAGUUACCAAAAUUUCAGGUCUCUGCUCAACAGAAAGUGCAAAUGUUUUGACAAAGCCAUCAUCACCCAGAAUAACACUCCACUGGGAUCAAAGCUUGUGUAUGACGGUGAAAGGAAAAGGACCCUCCAGGUGAACCAAGAGAUUUUCAACACAUUUCCAAAAGGACAUCCUUUCUCCAAUAAAACACUGCACACGUGUGCUGUUGUUGGAAACGGUGGGAUCCUGGCAAACAGCAGCUGUGGGAAAACGAUCGAUUCAGCUGAAUUUGUUAUCAGGUGUAACCUCCCACCUUUAUCUAACGGAUACGAAAAACAUGUUGGCAUCAAGACACACCUUGUGACAGCAAACCCAAGCAUCCUCAUGGAAAAGUAUGCAGCUCUAAUGGCACGAAGACGUCCUUUUGUGGAGAAUCUGCGAAGCUACGGUGAUUCCAUGCUGCUCCUUCCUGCCUUCUCGUAUGGCCGUAACACUCCUGUAUCUCUCCGUGCGUUUUACACCUUAGAGGACUUUGAAAGUCCCAUUCAAUCCAUCUUCUUCAACCCAGCGUACCUCCGGAAUCUGGCCGCCUUCUGGCGCUCUCAGGGCCUAAAGGCGGUCCGGCUCAGCACUGGCAUCAUCAUGACAAGCCUGGCACUGGAAAUUUGUGAAAAUGUGCAUCUGUAUGGAUUUUGGCCCUUUGGUGUUCACCCAUACAGCUCACAAGACCUGACCAACCACUAUUAUGACGACAGGAAAACUAAAAUCAAGUUCCAUGCCAUGCCAGAUGAGUUUAAUCUCUUGUUGAACCUUCACAGCCAAGGUGUACUCAAGAUGCACCUGGGAGACUGUGAACCAGAUGAAAAACGGUUUCAUAGGUCAGACUGAAUUCUGUUGUUCUGAAUGUUUUAUUUUUUAAUGGACUGCAUGAUGAAACAGACUACUUCCUCCCAAUUCCGCAUCAGCAGCCACAAACUUUGCACUGAAAUCAAAAAGCUACAGUCAGAAGAUAUUGAACAUCUUGUAAACAUUCAUGCAUUGUGUCUGCAACUCUAUUUAUUACCAUAAAUGCUCCAGCUUGUGUCUGGAAUAAUGUUUUUCUUGCUUUUAAGAUGAAAUUUACAUUUAACUUCCUUCACACUAGAUUAAUACCUUGCUACUCACUCAUGACCUCCUACAAAGUGGCUGGAUCCCAUUAAAUAAACCUCCUGUAGUGUGAGGUCAACACACAAAA